UCAAGAACCUGAAGAACUACUGACAUUCAUCAUUCAACAUCAGCAGAACAGAAUUGAAAUUGAAAGUGUUACAUAUGUUUUAACUUUUAAGUGUGUUUACAAAUUUUAAAUACAUAUUAUUGAGAUAGGAUGGCAAUUAUCACUUCAAAUUGGAGCACCGAUUUCCUUACAAUAUUGGCGUUGGCUUUAACAAUUAUUAUUUUUUAUUUUAAAUCAACAUUUAAUUAUUGGAAAAACCGGGGUGUAGCAUACAGUGAGCCAAACUGGAUUUUUGGAAAUUUUUACGAUGCAAUAACAUUUAAAAAGAACAUAACAUCAUAUUUUUGUGAACAAUAUAACAAAACAGAUGAAAAAGCUUAUGGUUUAUACAUAUUUCAGCGUCCAUAUUUAUUACUUCGAGAUCCUGAGUUAAUUAAACAUGUACUAGUCAAAGAUUUUAAUAAUUUUGUUCCAAGAACUAGCGCUGAUAUAAAAGGUGAUGAAAUUGGUCGACAUAAUAUGUUUUCAAUGAAAAGUGUUAGUGGGUGGCGUUAUGUUCGGUCAAAAUUAUCACCUUUCUUUUCUUCCGGAAAAAUGAAGAAUAUGUUUGGUUUGUUAGAUCAAAUUGGCGAUCAAUUAACUGAACAAGUGAAAAGCCAUGUUAACGAUUCUUUAGAUGCAAAGGAAAUAGCCAGAUUUUAUACAACAGACGUAAUUGUGUCAGCUGCGUUUGGCAUUCAAGCGAAUUCGUUUUCUGAUAAAGAGGCAGCAUUUUCAAAAGUUGGAAAAUUUAUGUUCACAAUGAAUCUUAGACGCAGUCUCGAAUUAUUAUGCAUAUUUUUCUGGCCAAUUAUGGCAAAAAUAUUUGAUUUUAAAUUGUUCAGUAAAGUUGGUUCAGAUUUUUUGCGAAACGUUGUUAUGAAUGCAAUGGCGGAACGGGAAGAAAAUAAUAUCAAGCGACCAGAUUUAAUUGAAGCAUUAAUUGCAUUGAAAAACAAGGGAACAUUAGAAGAUUCAAAUAAAACUGAAGACGGUGUUGCAAAUGGAAUCACUUCGAAAGACGAUAAGCCUCCAUUCAAAUUAGAAGGAGACGUUCUAGUAGCACAAGCGGCUGUAUUUUUUACUGCUGGAUUUGAGUCAUCAUCUUCAGCCAUUUCAUUUACAUUGCAUUCAAUUUCUUAUAAUCCAGAAAUACAAACAAGAUUACGGAAAGAAAUUCAAACAGUAAUUUCUCGAAACGGAGGCAAAUUCACUUACGACUGCCUCAAAGACAUGAAGUAUUUGGAUGCAUGCGUCAAAGAGACAUUACGGUUAUACCCAACCUUAGGAUUUUUGGAUCGAGAAGCCUUAGAUACAUACACGUUCCCAGGGACAAAUAUAACCAUUGAUAAAGGCACUGCAGUAGUUAUUUCGUUAGAAGGCUUACACAGAGAUCCACAAUAUUUUGAAAAUCCUUUAAUAUAUGAUCCAGAACGUUUUAUAGAAGAAAGUCAAAUUUUACCAUACACUUAUAUGCCAUUCGGAGAAGGACCUAGAAAUUGUAUAGGUGCCCGCUUUGGAAUGAUGUCAACAAAGGUUGGAUUAAUUCAUAUUUUGAGAGAUUUUGAAGUUUUCACUUACAAAAGCCCUCCACCAUUGGAAAUUGAUAACAAAGGAUUUUUAUUAACAGCCAAAAAUGGAAUUUAUUUGAAAUUUGUGCCUGGUACUGUAUACAGUACAUAGAGUAGAUUCGUAAGAUAGUUAAUAUUGAUUUUCAAAACAAAUCGGUAUUAUUUUCUACCAUAAAAAGCAAUUAAAAAACAUUUCUCAAUAAAAUGAAGUUGCACAAGUUGUUUUAAAGUCUAAUCUAAGCGAUAAAAUUUUGCAUUUGUUUGAAAAGAAGGCAUUUAUUUUAUGGAGUGUAGAGUAAAAGGAGAAUCAUCUCUGUAUAUAAAAAGUUUCCAUAAAGUCAUGUGAAAUUUUGGUGGCGCUGCCGUAAGCUGAUGACGGCAUUUGAAAGAAAGUAUAUACACCUAGCAUAUACACAUCGAAUCAUCAGUGGUCAUCAGCGCCUUUUUAGUUGGUUUUGGAACUAUAAUCUAACAGCUUUUUGUGGACACUUUUUUGGUCAAACAGUCAUAAGAGAUGAUUUUCCUUUUACUCUACACUCCAUAAUUUAUUUACUACCUCGCACCUUCCAACCGGCUCGAUACAUGAUUUUAACAAUUAAGGUAUAGUUAUAUUCUUCUUAAAAACCCAAAUGUUCUUAGGCAAGGGUUGGAAAACAAAACAAAAUGGCGGAUUUUUGACGCAAAAUAGUAAUACGUUAACAAACAAAAAUUAACCGAACCUAUCGAAUAGGAUAUCGAAAUAAAGAUAUUUAAAAGGGUAUUACAAAAAUAUAUA